GGCUGUCUUCUGACCAUUGUAUCUUGCGAGUCGCUUGAUCUAUUUUUGUCUGUCAUUAACGAUUGAACUAGUCGUUUUAAUCCGUUCAAAGCCAUCAUCGUCAACGAUAGCGAUACGUAGAAGUACCUUUAAAAGUCGAUUCAAGUCGAUAUCAACGAAUUUCAGUAAAUCUACUCGCAAAAGUCGAUCAGCUGUGUUAUUCCUAGUCUGUUUUAAACUAAAAUCUUCUGACAGUCAAGAUGGAUCAAGUUGGAGUGUCUACAACAGAAAUAAAGAACCCUUGGGGUUCCCCGGCCCUGGCGCCUUCACCCUGUUCUCUCGCUGAUGUCAUGAGCGAACAGUUGGCUAAACAACUGCAUGAGGAGGGAAACUCAUUCACCGAAUGUCCAGAUACGGAUCUGGAGCUGACCUGCACUCCAGAAACAGAAACAUCCAGUGACCUGAUAUUGGCCCAGAUGCUUCAGAUGCAGUUUGAUCGGGAGUUUGAUACGCAGCUGCGGAUAGAAGAGAAAAAGUUUAAUGGAGACAGCAAAGUCUCAAUAUCUUUUGAAAACUACCGUAUGGUCCAUCCAUACGAGGACAGUGACAGCUCUGAAGAUGAGGUGGACUGGCAGGACACACGUCACGACCCUUACAGAGCUGAUAAGCCAACAACUACCCCCAAAAAAGGUUUCACCGGUAAAGGCAAGAACAUCACCACCAAACACGACGAGGAGGUUUGUGGACGGAAGAACACGGCACGCAUGGACAACUUUGCCCCUGAGGUACAGGUGGGAGAUGGGAUCGGCAUGGACCUGAAGCUCUCCAACCAGGUGUACAACGCCCUUAAACGUCACUGUCACACAGAACAGCGUCGCAGUGCUCGACUGCAUGAGAAGAAGGAACACUCCACUGCUGAACAAGCUGUGGACCCCAAAACCAGACUGCUUAUGUAUAAAAUGGUGAAUGCUAGGAUACUGGAGAACAUUAAUGGCUGUAUUAGCACAGGGAAGGAGUCCGUGGUGUUUCACGCUAAUGGAGGGAGCUUUGAGGAAAAGAUCGUUCCAGACGAGUGCGUCCUCAAGGUUUUCAAGACCACCCUGAACGAAUUUAAGAACAGGGAUAAAUAUAUCAAGGAUGACUAUCGCUUCAAAGAUCGAUUCAGCAAGCUGAACCCCCGCAAGAUUAUCCGUCUGUGGGCAGAGAAGGAGAUGCACAACCUCACCAGGAUCAAGAAAGCAGGGAUCCCGUGUCCAGAGGUGGUGAUUCUGAAAAAGCACAUCCUCGUGAUGUCAUUCAUCGGAAAGGACCACGUGCCAGCACCUAAAUUGAAGGAUGCCACCCUGAACUCUGAGGACAUGAAGAAAGCUUACUACCAAGUUUUGAAUAUGAUGCAACGGCUGUAUCAAGAUUGUAAUCUGGUUCACGCUGACCUGAGUGAAUACAACAUGCUUUGGCAUGAUGGACAGGUCUGGUUUAUUGAUGUAAGUCAAUCCAUCGAGCCCACUCACCCUCACGGUCUGGAGUUCCUCUUCCGGGAUUGCAGGAAUGUGGCCACAUUCUUUCAGAAAGCCGGUGUGAUGGAGGCUAUGGAUGUGUUUGAGCUGUUUAACACCGUGUCUGGACUGCAGAUAAACAGCGAUAAUGAGGCUGACUUCUUAGCCCAGAUUGAAGCCCUGGAGAAAAGAAAUGAAGAUCACGUGCAAAAACCCAGCAAGAAAAGCUUCAUAGACCCCAGCGACGGCAGUCCACCCCAUUUAAACACCGGUGAUGAUUAACACCAGCAAAAUAUUCAUACAAAAAAUACAAGGGGUAGGAAUCCCCUCUGACCUCCAGUCACAAACAGGUGUGGAAUGAGAAGUGCUUCCACGCCCGUGUCAAAUACAUCAUCAUCAUCACUGCUGUUAACAUGUUUGCUUGGUGCUAAAGGUGACACGGAUCAGACGUCACUCGAGUCAUUCGAGCAAGCUGUCAUUUUAACAGACAGUUUUGAAAGAUGGAUUAAAACAAGAAAAACUAGUUAAAAAAAUAAUGAAAUUAGUAACUAUGGAGACACAAGACGUAAUCUUGUGUAAUUGUGUGUUACCAAAACUGCGGCGAGCAGAGAAAGAUCAGUAAAAGGUCUCGCUGUUUGUGUGUGUUGAUUUGAGAUUUAGAAAUGAGCAGGACCGGGAACGGGUUCAUUCCCUUCCUUAGGGUUUAUUUUAUGUGUUAGAUAAUUAUUAUUUUAACUUUGUGGUGUCUUGAGUUUUUCUGUAGAAUCGGGUGAAGAUUAAAAUAAAGUCACAUGACAAUUGA